CCGCAAGGACAGCCGCGAUGAAACACCGUAGAUGGACUUAUAUUUGGUCAUGUCAAUCGGUCGUCCAGCACGCUCGAGUGGCAUUGCUGAUCAUGAGGCUUUUUGCCAAUGAUCUUCCUGGCCCAAGCGCACGCAGCUAUUCAUCCUCCUGUCCCCAGUCUGAGGGCAUCGUCAUCCGCUGAUCCAGCCACCGGAACACCUGUUCCAUUGCAACAGCGAUCAUCACAAACCCACCACGGACUUGUCGCCGAUCGAAAAGAAAAGAAACGAUCCAGGUACAAGAAAUAGACUUUGUUGCUCAUUUUAGAGGGCUGCGUGGCCUCUGUGUUAUCCCUGCCUUACACCACAUGUGCAUUUUGUUUCUUUCAUUCAUAUACUCACGUUGUGCCUGCUAUGGCCACUGGUGAUAUCAGCCCAGAUCACUCGCUACACUAUGGAAGACCUCAAACCCUCCGUCGGAGCAUACUUGCUUCAACAUGAUCUCGAAUUCACGCCUGAUGGACGUUUUGUCCGCUUCAAGCCGGAUAACAAGACCCAUCCCCGGAAUUGGUCACUGACCCGCAAGUCGUAUGAUAUCGGCAUGAUUUUUAUGCUGGAUCUUUUUGUCACAGCGUCCAGUACGGCCGGAUCAUCGGCUGCCGCAGAAGCAGAGUCGGAGUUUAACAUCGGACCUACACUGUCUAUUUUCUGCUUUGUUACUCUAUUCCUCCUAGGCCAAGUCAUCGGAUCGAUUCUACUCGCACCAUGGUCAGAAGCGUUUGGCCGGAAGAAGCUAUACAUCGCCAGCAGUGGCAUCAUUAGUAUCUGCUGUGUCAUUGUCGGAGUCGCCCCCUCAAUCGCUGCCGUCGUUGUCGGUCGAUUCAUCGCGGGACUGCUAUCGGCUAUACCGUGCAAUGUUGGUGUUGGAAGUGUGGAAGAUCUCUUCAGAUCAAAAGAGCGUAUCUGGGUGGUCUUCAUCUGGAUGAUUGCAUCCAACAUUGGACUGAUCAUUGGUCCCAUCAUGAGCUCAUACAUCAUCGCCAGCCUGGACUGGCGCUGGGUCCUCUAUAUCUACGCCAUCAUCAUCGCCUUCGUCGGCCUCUUCAUGGUCUUCAUCCGUGAAUCUCGUCCCUCUGUCAUCCUCACCCGUCAAGUCAAUCACGUCCGCAAAGAAACCGGCAUCGACACCCUCCGAGCCCUCAACCACGACCAUACUCCAGACCUCCGUACAUACUGCAGAGUCAGUCUCCUUCGACCCCUUCAGCUCUUUUUCACCGAACCCGUCGUCUUCGUCGUUGCCCUCAUGAUCGCCGUCGCCUUUGCCCUCCUCUACCUCUUUACCGAAGCCCUCCAACCCAUCUACCAAGACCUUGGCUUCUCCCACAAAGAAGCAUCCCUCGCCUUCCUCGCCAUCCUCGUCGGCAUCGGCUUUAGCGCCCUCACCCGCAUGCUCGACCACCACAUCGCCAACCUCGUCCGUCGCAAGGGCCGCGCCGUCCGCCCCGAAGACAAACUCGCCGGUCUCGCCAUCGGCGCACCCAUAUUCGCAAUCGGUCUGUGGUGGUUCGCCUGGACGAUCCCACCAGACGUGCACGGGGUCCCCUGGAUCGUGCCCACCAUCGCCCUCGCCUUCAUCGGCUACGCCCUCUGCGAAUUCGACACGGUCCUCCAAGGAUACCUCUCAGACAGCUACCUCAGCUACUCCGCCAGCGCCGGCGCAGCCGUGCAAUUCCUCCGCGCGUUACUGUCUGGUAUAUUCCCGCUCUUUACCCAGCAGAUGUUCAAUGGGCUGGGCGCAAACGUGGCGACAUCCAUUCUGGCAAUCGUGGCGACGCUGUUCUGUGCGGCGCCGCCGUUGUUUAUCUGUUACGGAGAGCGGAUUCGGUCGAGGAGUAAGUUUGCGAAUUAUAGUCUUGCUAUACAGGCGGAGAUGGGUAAGGGUGUUGAGGAUUUUUAAAAGUUGUUUUCAGCAUGGAUAUAUCAGGGUAGAUAUAUAGAUUGGUAGUUG